AUGCCUGAUUGGGUUACGGAUCAGUUCUACAGCAACGUUCAAGACCUCACGGAACGGACAGCUGAUUACGUCUUUGGGAACGGAGAUUUCGGAGAAGACGAUGACACAGAAAUCAUUAUGCUGAGAGGUGGAUCACUUUUGAAAGAAAUCCUCGACAAUUUCCAACUGGUUACAAAUGCGGCCUAUGUCAAAUACCACGCAUAUAGUGCUCAUGAUCAAACUGUAGCCGCUCUUCUCAGGACCCUUGGAGCAAAGCUCAAGUUGAUUGGGCACGAUAAUCCCCAGUACGCAGCGGUUGUUGUUUUUGAAUUUUGGCAAGGUCCAAGUGGUUACUAUAUUAAGGUGAGAAUUCAGGUGGACCAGACAAUGCAACAACAUGCUAUAGCGAAUGUCAACAACUGGAGUACCUUUAAUUCUUCGUCGUUCAGUAAACAUCGAAAGAUACGAAUAUUCAUUACUGGAUACGGUCACGUGCUGUGUAAAUAA